AUAGGAGGAAAAGAUCAUGAUACCAAAACAAAAGAGAGACUGAUUGAGAUGGGGAGGAGAUAUGAUGGAGAGUGGAGUUUCAAAGGGGAAAGUAGGGCUCUGGGCAUCUGGGCUCCCUUCCUCGGCAGCCCCGCCCAAGCAGCUGCCCGUGACCUGCCUCGGCGCCGGAAGGGGCAAACGGAGUUCCGUUCGCCAUGGGGCUGUUUGGGAAAACCCAGGAGAAGCCGCCCAAAGAGCUGAUAUCCAAAGAGAAGAAGAGAAAGUGAAGCGAUCUGUGAAAGAUGCAGCCAAGAAGGGCCAGAAAGAUGUCUGUGUGGUUCUGGCCAAAGAGGUGGUGAGGUCGAGGAAGGCUGUGAGCAAGCUCUACGCUUCCAAAGCACAUAUGAACUCCGUGCUCAUGGGCAUGAAGAACCAGCUUGCGGUCCUGCGAGUGGCUGGUUCCCUGCAAAAGAGCACAGAAGUGAUGAAGGCCAUGCAGAGUCUUGUGAAAAUCCCAGAAAUACAAGCCACCAUGCGGGACCUGUCCAAAGAGAUGAUGAAGGACGGGAUCAUAGAGGAGAUGUUAGAAGACACAUUUGAAAGCAUGGAAGAUCAGGAAGAAAUGGAAGAAGCAGCAGAAAUGGAAAUCGACAAAAUCUUAUUUGAAAUUACAGGAGGGCCCCUGGGCAAAGCACCCAGUAAAGUGACUGAUGCCCUUCCUGAGCCUGAGCCUCUAGGAGCAAUGGCUGCCUCAGACGAGGAGGAGGAGGACGACGACCUGGAAGCCAUGCAGCCCCGGCUGGCCACACUUCGCAGCUAGGGCCACCCAGCUCGGGUCCUCCUGCUGGGUGUAUGCGUAUGCCUCUGAGGAGCAGCCACGCCAUGUAUCUCUUGCACUACACCUCCAUUUGUGAGGCACUGCAUUUGGAGAAGGUUCUAUGCUAAUAUCUCUUCACUCUCUCCUGAGAUUUGGGGAUCUCCAAGGGAUUGGUCUUAGGAAGGUGGUGUAUUAAAGGCAUCACUUUCUGAAUAUAGACAGCAGAAAUAUCUUGCUGUGGGGAGGGCAAAGAAUCCAUUUUCUCGUGAAGCAAUUUUGAGAAUAGUUGAUUGACUGAAUGUUGAGGACUCUGUACAUUUUUGUGUGUAAAAUACUAUAGAAGUGGACUUGAAUAAAUUUCUGCUUUAAAAAAAAAGGGGGAAAGUAGGGAGG